CGAGAAAUAAUGAAAUUACUAGUUGUAUUGUGUAUCAUCAGUUUGUUAGCAGUUAGUAAUGCAAAUAACAUUUUGGAAAACUUUUCAAUGGCUGUGAAAGUUGCGGAUGAACUACAACAAAUACACGCUCAAUAUGACAGAACUGUAUCAAAUUUUCCUGAUAGUAAAUCCUGCAACCAAACAACAUGGGUUAGAAUUAAAGCAGUACCGGAAGACGAAGAUCUUUGUGACGCCAUGUACAAAGUAGCUCACAGAAGGUUUACUUUGAUAACGGGAAACGAAUAUGCAACAUUACUUUAUUACGACGGAUUGACUCGUGAUCUGCGAGAACAAGAAUGUGAAAAUGUCAUCAAAUCGAACUUAGUUACCGAAAAAGAAGUGUGCGAAGAAAUUUUUAAAGAAAGAAUAUUCGAAUCUAUUAAAAACAAGAUUCCGGCGAUAUUUCUUCUUCUUGAACCAAUUUUUGAUCAAUUGACCAAAAAAUUAGAAAUUUCCGAGCAUUUUACUGAUUCCAAGGAUUUUUACAUCAUCAUCUCUGAAUGUCCAAAAUUAUCAAUUAAGACUAUGAUGACCUUCGUUACAGAUAAUGAAGUAAUAAAAACUCCGUGGGUUUGGAAAGAAGAGGGACCAAGUGAUCUCACUUGUUAUAAGGAAGUUCAGUCGAUCGAAUGUUAAAGAAAAAAAAGUUUUCAGAAAAUAUUAAAAUUUGCGAAAAAAAAAAUUGAAAACAACACCAACAAUUCAAUUAAUUCUUCAACAAAAUGUUUAUUUAUUUGUCCCAAUAAACGAUUUCCAUACUCGUGCCACAGCGACUAUAUAUCGCAAU